AUGUUCCACAUUUUAUCUUUGUUGAUAACAAUUACAAAUGGAUUUCCUAGAACAGAUCUUAUGGAAGGCACAGCUACUUCUAAUGUAGAUUGGUAAAAAUAAGAUUCUAGUCCAUUUAAUUAAAAAUUCUCUUGUAAUAAUGGAGAAUUGUUAGGACCUUUUAUCGGAAAGGUCGACAUGAACAUCAAAAAAACAUUUACUAAUCUUUAACCUCAUUAUUCAUUAUAAAUUUCUUUAGAUCUUUUAUUCACAGAAUAUUGGUCAGGAAUAUCAAACUUUGUAAAUAUAUUAAUAGAUUCAGAAACAAUUUAUUCUGAUACAUCAAUAACUACUGUAAAUUUCAAUACUCCUAGCAAUUAUUGCAAGACAAAUGCAUUUUUGUAUUUAUUUCAAUAAACUUAGAAUAUUUGUAUAUAAUUAAUAAUUGAUCACAUUAAGGUAGAAAAUAAUUCAUUCAAACCCUAAUCCCACAUUAGAGAUUACCUCUAGUUUUUAAUGCACUUUAUUGUCAUUAUAUACAGUAUGCGAGAAAUUAUUAAUAAAAAAUGUUAUUAUUUCUCCAUAGUUAUGUCAUUUUACUUGUUUAACAUGCACUGGUCCUAACGAAGAUGAUUGUUAAACAUGUCCUAAUGGUACAACAUAAAAUGGUAAGUGUUCUUGUUAAAAUGGAUAUUCUGCUUACAAUUAUUAAUGUGUUUAAUCUUGCCCGUAAUAUUUUACUAGUCAGAAUUAAUAAUGCAUAUUAAGUUGUUCAUUAAAUUGCUAAGAUUGUAUAGGAUAAAAGUGUAAUACUUGCGAUAAUGGUUACAUCCUAUAUAUGGGUACUUGUGUUACUGAUUGUCCCAAAAGUAGCACAUUAUAAAAUAAUAUUUGUGUAGAUUAUCUGGAAGAAUCAAUUUUUGGAUCUGAAUAUUUAGGAAAGUAUUUUGAUGGUUUAGAUAUUGAUCUAUAAAGCUAAAUAGAUUCAUUUACUUUUACAUUUAAUCCUGCAUUAUCAAAAUAAACAGGGUAGAUAUUUUCAACUUACAAUAAAUAAUAUUUAUUAGGAGGAUUUGGUGUUUGGAGCAAUGGAUAAUAUAAUACUGUAUUUAAUGGACUUCCUGCGCAUAAUAAAAUAAGAUUAUAUUUAACAGCUUGGUUUAUCGAUAAUUGGACUAAUCAGGAAUUUAUAAUAAAAUUAGAUAACUAAAUAAUUUAUUAAGUUUCUUAUUAACCAACAAAAGCAAUUAGUAAUCUAUUUUACUCAAGUGCUAAUGAUUAUAUUGAAGAAAUUAAUCUGAGUAUUGUACAUACAUAGAGUUCAGCUUAAUUAACAUUUUAAACUACAUUGUCUAUUUCUGCCUAUUAAGCUAGUUUAGCUAUUAGUAAUAUAUAUAUUUUGAUUGAUUAUUGUGAUAAUAAUUGUGAUGUUUGUUCAAAUACUUAAUGCACUUAAUGUAAAAAUCCGUAUUAAUUAAUUCAUAAUUAAUGCUCACUUUGUGAUUCUUCUAAUUUUAGAAAUAAUGAUUGUUCCUGUUAAACAGGGUUUUAUGAUGAUAAUAUAAAUAAACAAUGUUAAAAAUGCAAAUAAGAAUGUGAAACAUGUCUCAAUGCAAAUAGUUGUACUUAAUGUAAAUUGGGAACUAAUCUGAUAAUAUUACCAAAUUGUAUGAAUUGUAACACUGGUUUCUAUUAUAAUAAUGGAAUAUGCUCCAGAUGUUCUAAAAAUUGUUUGGCUUGUUUUGGAAGUGGAUAGUCUGAAUGCAUAUCAUGCUAGACUGAUUACAUUUUGAAUAACAAUAAUGAAUGUUAGUCUUGUAUGUCUAAUUAAUUUAUUUAUAAUAAUACUUGUUAAGAUUGUUAAUACAAUUGUGAAACUUGUAAUGAUACAUAUUAAUGCUUAACAUGUACAGAGAAUAGGAUAAAUAUUCCUUUUUGUAUUUGUUAAAUAGGUAAAUGAUAAUAUUAUUAUUUUAGGAUACUAUGAAAGUAAUAAUAAAUCUUGUUAAUAAUGUAGUUUUCAAUGUUCUACUUGUUAAACUUAAAGAGAUAAUUGUUUAACUUGUUCAGGUAAUCGAUAAAAUCCUCCUUUAUGUACAUGUCCUGAUGACUCUGAUGAUAGUAAUAUUUGGUGUACAGGUAUAUAAUUAUAUUAUUUAGAUUGUUCUAUUGUUAAUUUAGAGGUGAAAAUGAGUAGCAAUGCAAAAAAAAUAAUUAUUAAUUUUGGAAGGACAAUUUCGAAGAUUUCAUCUGAUUGUUCAGCUCUUUUUGAAUAAUCAACUCUUUAAAAUUUAGGAAAUAAUCCAAGUUGUUUUUUUAAUUCUUAAUCUAUUUAAGUACUUUUAGGUUAAAAUGCAACAACUUAUUUUGGUUUAUCUAUCAAUUUUAAGAUAAAUAUCAUAAAAUUUUAAGAUUGUCAAAAAACAUUAUCUGUAUUUUUAAAUAACAUCUUAUCAAAUAACUAAGAUAUAUAGGCUCCUUUAAUAAUAUUUUCAAAGAAUUUAGUUCAGUUAACAGCUUGUACAAAUACUCCAGAUGUAAUCUAUUAGAUCUAAACUUAAAAUUUUGGUAGUAAUCAAAUAACAUUUAUUGAUUGGAAAUUGAUUAGAGUCUCUUAACAAGAUCCAAAUAUUACUCAAUUUCUUGGUAAAUUAAAAAGUUAGUUUAAAAAUCAAAAUCAAAUAGUCAUGUUUGAAUUCUCAAAUGAUAUAUUAUAAAUGGAAAAUGAAAUUUUAUUAGAAUUAUAGUACAAAAAUUUCUUAGGAAUCUAAGGAAGUAGUUUAAUUACAAUAAAAUAAUUAACAACAAAAUUAUUUUUGAAUGUUUAAUAGCAAAGAAACUAAUACAUGAUUUCUUAAUUAAUUGAAAUUUCUAUAUAGGUCUCUCAUUGCUCAGAUAUUCUUACAAAUGAUGCUAAAUUCAAUCUAUCUACUUUUAUUGGCACUAUUAAAAAAUAAGUUGAAAUAGUUUUGGGUGAUUAUUACAUUUAUACUAUUGAACCUUAUCUCUUGAAUACUGGUCUCUAUAAGCUAAAUAUACAAUUGAGUAAUGAAGAAAGUCUAGAAAUAGAAUAAAACUUUUAGAUUAUUAUUGCAAAUGAACAACCUUAAAUAUAAUUAAUGUCUGAAUCUAAUUUCUUAAGCUAUUAGUAAAAAUUAAUAAUCUAUGGGAAAGUGAUAAAUCUAGCAUAGCAAGAUCAAUUAUUCAGUUGGGAUUGCUUUGAUAUUAUUUAAAAUUCUGAAUGCAAAACUUAAAAUCAGACCUUAUUGAUUCUACCUAAUUCUUAAAAUCUGACACUAUAGCCUUAUUCAUUAAUCCCUUUUUCUGUUUAUAUGUUUACAGCUCGCUUUCAAGAUAUACAAUAACAAAUCACUAUAACUAUUGUUGAAUCAAAUGUUCCUAAAAUAGAAUAUAAAUCAUAUCCAAAUAUCGCUGAUGGAUAUAUCAAUUACUAUGAUUAACUUCUAUUUAAAUUCAAAUAUUUAGAAAUAGUUUAAAACCCUGAUUUAUUAUUAUACACUGGAAUUUUGUCAAAUUCAGACUUAUAGAUAAAGCAUUUCAGAUUUAAUUAUUUAGAGUUAUAAAUAAGUCUUUGGCAUUAUUUUACUGUUGAGGAAUUAACAAAACAAAUGACAUUAAAGAUUAACAUAUACAAUCCUGAUUACUUUUUGCCAUCUCAAGUUACAAUACCAUUAAAUAUUAAUAUACCUCCUUUAUAAUGUAGGAUAGAUUUAGACUAAUAAAAUGCAUUUACAAUCUCUAAUUUUUAAAUAAGAAUAAAUAAUUGUAAAGAUGAUAAUUUUCCAUUGUAAUAUAGAUUAAUACUUUAUUUUAAUAAUUCAGAUUUAAAUUUUGAUUAUUCUAUUAAUACAAUAUAAAAAGGUAUCAUUUUAGUUGAUUACUAAUAUAGCAAUUUAUUUCAAACUAAAUUGACUGGUAAUGGAAAUAUCUAAUUAAUGGUUUAAGUAAAAGAUAAUCUAAAUGGAAUUAGUAACUAUACAAAAUCAUUAGACUUUGUAUAUUAAUAAGGAUUUCUUGACUAGUUACUUUUAAAUCAAACAUCUAUUAGUGAAACCUUAAUUUAUACUGCAAGCUUAUAAUUUGAAGAGAGUUUUAAUUCUUUUGAAAUUUCAUAAUUUCUCUAAGAGUAAAUCAUGUAUUUUUCUAAUUGCAAAUGCAUAACACAAAAAUAAUUGUUGACCUUAAAAACAUUAGCAAUAAAUCAUAAGAAUUGGGGAUUAAGUGAUAUAAGCAAUGAAUUAUCACAAUAAUAGGAAAGAUUAAAUGAAAUAAAUUAGAUAAUGGCAAAUUAGUAACUUAUUGAGUAUGAUAAAUAUGAACAUACAAUAUAAGAAUUUAAAAAAUUAACUUUAUUAGAAGAAACAAUAGAGAUAGCAAAGUAUAUUGAUGAACUAUUUAAAUUAAAUAGAGAUUAUUAAUAACAAACAAGAAUAUUAAUUGAAGAUUAAGAUGAUUAAAGUAAAAAAGCUAAUAACAUUAUUAUUAUGGAAUCAAUAAAUAUAAUUACAGAAAUUUAAUUAUCAAAUUAAAUAAUUAAUGGAAAUUUAAAAACCAUAACAACUAAUUCAUUUAAUAUCUCAACCUAAAAAGCAACCUAAAAACUAUUAUAAGAUUUAAUAAGCAGCACUUUGACCGAGCCUUAAAGUAUUGGACAAAAAGAUGAUAAAUAAGAGUCAACAAUGGAUACAUACUCAUAUAAAAUGGUUAAUUAUUAAACUAAUCCAUUUAUGUAUGAUAAUUAUUUUAUGGAAUUUCCUGAGAAUUAAAAUAAUUAUUCUUUAUAUUAACCUGAAAUUAGAUAAUUGUCCAAUUAAAUUUUAAUUUAAAAUAUAAGUACAUCCUAAGGUAUCAGAUAUGAAUUUGAAAAGUAAGCUGAAAAUCUAUUUGUAGAAUGUGUAACUAAAGUUGAAGAUAGUUGGAGUUUAGAUGCUUGUAGAACUAUUAAUGAUGGUAAAAAGACUAUAUGUUAAUGCUAAUAUAUUUCUUCUACAACAAUAUUCCAAGCUACAUAACAAAUAUUUGAUUAAGCUGUUGAAUUCUUCUCACUUGAAACUAUACAUAGUAUGCUUAGAUGUCAAUAUUAGUCUAUUAUUUUUACUUAUAUAGUGAUAAUUUAUACGAUUUUAUUUUUGUGGUUCAUCUUCUAUGGAUUUAGAAUGGAUUAAACAAAAAAUGAUGAAUUCUUAUUUAAUUCGACCAAAGUUGCCCCAGCUGAUUGGGAUUUUGUUACUGAAAAAAAUGGAGGUAUUAUAAAUGUGGGUGAAAUGGAUUCUGAAAAAAGAAUAACACCUAUUGAUAGAAUCGUUAUUAGAAGAGAAACUUAAAAAAAAACCAUUUUUAGUUCUAAUGAAAGUUAAAUUACAUAUGAUGAUAAAGUCUUAAAGCGACCUCAUUUUGAAUAUUAUAACAAAAUGUUGGCAAGCAAAAAAAGUAUUGGUAUAACAACUAAUGUUUGUUCUGGAAGAAUUAUUGAGGAAACAGAAGGUGAAGCAUCACCAAAAUCCAAAUCUGCAAAUAGUCCUAAUGUUAAAAUAGCACCUUCAGAGUCACAGUCAACAUUUAGAAAAUAAUUAACAAAUGAUGAAGAAUCAUUAUAUAAAAAAUAUUCUACAUAAAGUAUAACUUUAUGCAAAGCUUUACUAUUCUAUGUAGAAGUAAUGUAUUUUUUUAUUGAUUUAAGAUAAAUCACAAAGUUCUAAGUCUGUAUUAUUUGCAUGAUAAAGAUUGUUCUAGAGUUUACAGAACCAUCAUGUUAUAUGUUUCUUUAUUAGGAGAAAUAAGUAUUUUAACAUUUUUUGGACAAGUAAAUUUUAUUUAAUUAAUCUAGAUUAUAAAUUUUAAUACAAUAAUUGCACUAUCAAUCUUAUAAGCCUUAUUUGGUGUAAUUUAUAAGAAGCUACUAUAAGUAUUUUUAAAGUCAGAAAAACUAUGUAUCAAUUAUAUAGGAUUUAAUCUUGCAAUCUUAAGUGUUUUAUUCUUUUUAUUUAUUAUUUUUGGUAGUGUUGCUAAAUAUCAAUCAGUUUUAGAAGCUUCAUUGUGGGGGGUUGCUUAUAUGAGUAGUUUUAUAUUGGAUUACGUGAUUUAUACAAACAUUCAGAUUUUACUUUUUUUUACAAUAAUUGUUAAAUUUGGAAAAUCGGUUACACUUAAAGUAUCAUUCUAUAUAUAUUUUUAGAAAUAUUUAAAAUUGUUUUUAAAUGACAAGGUUUUUAUUUAAACUUUUGGCAAUUCCUGA